AUGUCAUCUACACCUGUAUAUGUUGGUCAUCGAUCACCACAACAACUAAACGACAAGAUGAGACAUGGAUUUGAUCAGGAUUAUAAUUCAGAAAACUUUUUAACUUUAUUGGCUAAUACCUUUUAUAUUUAUUUUGAUGAUAAACGACAAAAUACUAAUGGGAAUCCAAUUACUGAAGAGAUGAAGAAAUCUCCAAAAUAUUAUAGAAAUUAUCAACCAAUUUCAGAUUGGAAAAUAAUGAAAGAACGUCAAAAAACAAUAAGUGCAGUAUUGGUAUUAUGUUUAAAUUUAGGAGUUGAUCCACCUGAUAUUAUGAAAACUUAUCCUUGUGCAAAAUUUGAAGCUUGGUGUGAUCCUUCAACUUUUACUGAUACUAAAAAAGCAAUUGAAAAUAUUGGGAAAAAUUUGCAAUCACAAUAUGAAACAUUAUCAUUAAGAACAAGAUAUAAACAAUCUUUAGAUCCUUGUGUUGAAGAUGUUAAACGAUUUUGUAAUACAUUAAGAAGAAAUGCAAAAGAUGAAAGAAUACUAUUUCAUUAUAAUGGUCAUGGUGUACCACAACCAACAGCAAGUGGUGAAAUUUGGGUAUUUAAUAGAGGUUAUACUCAAUAUAUUCCAAUUUCAUUAUAUGAUCUACAAACUUGGUUAGGGGCGCCUGUUAUAUUUGUUUAUGAUUGUAAUAGUGCGGGUAAUAUAGUUCAUAAUUUCAAAAAAUUCGUUCAAAAACGAAUAGAUGACGAUAAUGACGGGAACCAUGAUACUAGUGCUCCAUCUCCAACUUCUGCAUAUCUUGAUUGCAUACAACUAGCGGCAUGUAAAAGUAACGAAUUGUUACCCAUGAGUCCAGAUUUACCGGCUGACUUGUUUACUUGUUGUUUAACUUGUCCUAUAGAUAUAAGUAUAAAAUGGUUUAUUAUGCAAAGUCCCUUGAAAAAGAAUUAUUAUGAUUUAUUACCUAGAGAUUCAAUUGGGAAUGUAAUAAUACCCGGGAAAUUAACCGAUAGAAGAACUCCCUUGGGAGAAUUGAAUUGGGUUUUCACAGCCAUCACCGAUACAAUAGCUUGGACAUCAUUAUCUAGACCAAUUUUCAAAAGAUUAUUUAGACAAGAUUUAAUGGUGGCUGCAUUAUUUAGAAAUUUCCUUCUAGCAAAAAGAAUCAUGCCUCAUUUAAAUUGUAAUCCAAUUAGUGAUCCACCAUUACCUGAAGCAGUACGAUUUCAUUCAAUGUGGAAUUCAUGGGAUUUGGCAAUUGAACAAGUUUUAUCUCAACUAUUAAGAGCUCAAGAAGGUAAUCCUCCACCAAACCCUAGACCAUUGUCUAUUUCUCAAGGAAUCACCCAAAAUGGAUCAGUAUCUACAACAACAACAACAUCAACAGUACCGUUAGCACCAACCAUGAAUGGAAAUGCUGGUACUGGUUCGACUGCCACUAAUAACAGCACAUCAGUAGCGGUCACAUCACAUGCAACUUCACCUCAACCACAACAACAACAGGGUUUAGGGAAUUAUCAACAUUCAACAUUUUUUGAACAACAAUUAACUGCAUUUGAAAUCUGGCUUAAAUAUGCGGGACCAUCAACAAAAGAACCACCUGAACAAUUACCUAUUGUUCUUCAAGUGUUAUUAUCACAAGUUCAUAGAUUAAGAGCAUUGAUAUUAUUAUCUAAAUUCUUAGAUUUAGGUCCAUGGGCAGUCUAUUUAUCAUUAUCAAUUGGUAUUUUCCCUUAUGUAUUAAAAUUAUUACAAAGCCCGGCACAAGAACUCAAACCAGUUUUAAUUUUCAUUUGGGCCAGGAUUAUGGCGAUUGAUUAUAAAAGUACCCAACAAGAAUUAUGUAAGGAUAAAGGAUAUAAUUAUUUUUAUUUGAUUUUGAAUUCAAGUCCCAUGAAUCAAAUUGGUGCUCCUGGUGCCCCGGGAGCAACUGGGAAUAUGUUAAUUAAUGAUGAUCAUAAAGCAAUGAGUGCAUUUAUUUUAACUUUAUUUAUUAAAGAUUUUAAAAAUGGUCAGAGAUUAUGUUUUUCAGUUGAAGUUAUUAAUAAUUGUUUGAAAUUUAUCCAGACUAGUGAAAUCCCAUUAUUGAGACAAUGGUGUAGUUUAUUAUUAUCACAACUUUGGAAUAAAUAUCCUGAUGGGAAAUGGAUCGCAUAUAAGGAUGGAUAUAUAAAUCGAUUAUUAUUAUUAAUUAAUGAUCCUAUUCCAGAAGUCAGAACUUCUAUUAUUUUGGCUAUAACUAGUUUCCUUUCCGAUCCAAUCAGUCCCCAACAACAACAACACCAACAGCAACAGCAGCAACAACAGGGAAAUAUUCCUGAUGUGAAAAGGGAUGAAAUAAGGCAACAGGACUUGAAGUUGGCGAAUGCAAUAUUGAGUCUUUUAGGUGACGGGUCAUCUAUGGUUAGGAAAGAAUUGAUUUUUUUUAUUAAUAAAUUCAUUCAAACAUAUUAUAAAUUUUUCCUUGUGGUUGCAUUUAAUCAAUUAGAAGAAGAGAUUGUACUUAUUGAUAAUUCCAAUUAUUUGAAUGAAUUCAGAAAAAAAUCACCGGCAUAUGGAUCGAUCUUUAGUUCGAUUUGGAAAGCUUUAUUAAUCCUUUCUGAAGACCCUCAUUGUGAGGUGAAACAAUUGGCUGAAACUUUGAUUGAUUCAGUUAUGGUAAAAUUGAAUGAAAGUGAAUUAGCACCAUUAGUUAAAGAAAUGCAAGAUUAUUUAUUAAGCAAAUCAACUAUAAAUAUUAGUGAGAGUUUUAAACCAACUAGACCAAUUAUGAACACGACUAAAUUGGGGGAUAGAAGACAAGUAUCAGCUGGUGCCACUGUUCAGAGGAAUAGAAAUAGUUUACUUAUUGAUGGAUCUUCAUUAACUACAAGAUCAGUAUCAACUAGUAAAAUAGAUUCACAAGAUCAUGAGGAUUCAGAUUCAGCAUCUAUAACGUCCAAAAUUAAGAAAUUAUCAGUUUCAAAACUUUUCAAAAGUCUUCAAAUUAAUGAUGAAGGAAAUGAAUUAAAAAGUUUCACCAGAAUUUUAAAUUCAGGAUUAGUUCAAACAAGUUAUGGAUCAGAAUAUCGACCAAAAACUCCAUUUUUCAAAUUACGUGAUUUAACCAAAACACCGGAAUUACCUCAUGAAUCAGGAUUUUUCGAAUAUAGUUGUGAAUAUUUCCAAGAAGCACAAAUGUCAAAGAAUGAAAUUGAUGAACCGGGAUCCAAAGAUUAUAUUAAACGAAUCUGGCGUAGAAAUAGAAACGAGGCAAUUAUUCAAGAAACUCAACCACAAAAGGAAAUGGCACUUCGUGGAGAUUGGAAUAAAGAUGUAAUUGUAUUAAAUAAUAAAGUACAACCUAAAUGUAUUAAAUUUACUCAAUUUGAAAAAAUCUUAGUUGCAAGUGAUGAAAAGGAUAAUAUUUCCGUUUGGGAUUGGGAAGAAAAUCAAAUUGUUAAAAAGUUUUCCAAUGGGAAUCCAUUUGGGACCAAGAUUACUGAUAUUAAAUUCUUAAAUGAAGAUGAUUUACCAUUACUCUUGACUGGUUCUUCAGAUGGAGUUAUUAAGAUUUAUAAGAAUUUCCAUAAUUAUGAAACUGGAGGUGGUGGAAAUGCUGAUGAUGAUGAAGUAGACGAAGUUGAAAAGAAAGUUGAAUUAGUUGCCGGUUGGAGAGCAUUGACUGAUUUAUUAUUAACUUCAAAAAGUUCCGGAUUAGUCUCAGAAUGGCAACAAUCAAGAGGAUCUUUAUUAGUUAGUGGAGAUGUCAAAAUCAUUCGAAUUUGGGAUGCACCUCGAGAAUUAUGUCUUGUUGAUAUUCCAGCCAGAUCCUCAUCCUCCAUCACAGCCUUGACUUCAGAUCAAGUUGCUGGUAAUAUUUUCAUUGCUGGAUUUGACGAUGGUAGUGUACGUGUUUAUGAUCGAAGAUUAGAUUCUCGUGAAUCUAUGGUUAAGACAUGGAGAUCAACCAGAGGUGCAACUGCUGGACAAAAGGGAGCUAUUGGGAAUGGAUCAAUCAGAAAUGUACACAUGCAAAGAGGAGGAUAUCGUGAAUUAGUCAGUGGAUCUUCUGAUGGAUAUGUCAAUCUUUGGGACAUAAGACUAAAUGACCCAGUUUUAACGUAUACAACUGCAGAAAAAUCAAUGAGAUGUAUCGAUGUGCAUGAACAUGCUCCAAUUAUAACUACUAGUUCAAAAUCAGUUAAUAUUUGGUCAACAGCGGGUGAUUUAUUGACUACUUUAAGAAAUCCUCAUGAUAAAUAUCUUUCAAAUCGUACUUCAAGUUAUUUGUCUAGUACUACAUUCCAUCCUCAUAGAAUGCUCAUUGCUACUAAUUAUAAUCAAGAUGGUCAUAUUAAUGUAUAUUCAUGUGCUGAUACCAUAGUUGAGUAUUAG